GGGCGCUGAGCCGGAGCCGGAUCCGGAUCCGGGAUGAUGUCGGGUGUGAAGGAGCGGGGCCCGGGCUCGGCCUUCCCGAUCCAGGCGCUGCUGCCCAAACUGGAGACCGGGGCUUCGGGCUUCGUGAGCCGGAGGCCGGAGAGUGACGGCCGCGGGGCCCUGAUCGCGGUGCUGGACUCGGGGGUGGACCCGGGGGCGGCGGGACUGCAGAUAACAACAGAUGGAAAGCCAAAGAUUGUUGACCUCAUUGAUGUGUCAGGAAGUGGAGAUGUGGACACUUCCACUGUGCUGGAAGCUAAGGAUGGCAUUCUAGUUGGCCUCUCAGGAAGAACUCUGAAGGUACCACCAGAGUGGAUUAACCCUACUUUGAGGUACCACAUUGGUAUAAAAAAUGUCUUUGAACUCUACCCCACAGCCCUCAAGGAGAGAAUUCAGCAAGAGAGACGGGAGAAGCAGUGGGACCCUUCACAUCGUGUUGCUGUGGCAGAAGCCCAUCGGAGAUUGAAUGAGUUCAACAAAAACAGCACAAACCUAACUCAGGAGGAGAAGUUGGUCCUGGAAGACCUUCAGUGCCAAGUUGAUCAGUUGGAUGUGCUGGAGAAGAAGUACUGUGACCAUGGGCCCAUAUAUGAUUGCUUGGUUUGGCACGAUGGAGAAAGUUGGAGAGCUUGUGUUGACACCAGUGAAUGUGGAGACCUGAGCAGCUGCAAUGUGCUGAGGAACUACAAAGAAGGCCACGAGUAUGCACAGCUGGGCAAGUCUGAAAUGCUGAAUUACUCCAUCAACGUGUAUGAUGAUGGGAACACUCUUUGCAUUGUCACCAAUGCAGGGUCCCAUGGAACACAUGUAGCUGCAAUAGCUGCCGGACACUUCCCAGACGAACCAGAAAGGAAUGGUGUAGCUCCCGGGGCCCAGAUAUUGGCUAUCAAGGUGGCUGAUUCCAGGUUAAACACUAUGGAAACUGGGACCAGCUUAAUCCGUGCGAUGAUUGAAGUGAUCAAUUACAAGUGUGACCUUGUAAAUUACAGCUAUGGUGAAGCAUCUCACUGGGCUAACUCUGGACGUAUAUGCAAAGUGAUUGAUGAAGCAGUUUUGAAGCACAAUGUUAUCUUUGUGUCCAGUGCUGGCAACAAUGGGCCCUGUCUUUCGACUGUCGGCAGCCCAGGAGGUACUUGCACCAAUAUCAUUGGUGUUGGUGCAUAUGUGAGUCCAGAUAUGAUGGUUGCAGAAUACUCUUUGCGGGAGAAGUUACCAGCUAAUCAAUACACCUGGUCAUCGAGAGGUCCUUGUGUCGAUGGAGCGCUGGGAGUUUGCAUCACUGCUCCAGGGGGAGCCAUAGCAUCUGUUCCCAAUUGGACACUACGUGGUACAGAACUGAUGAAUGGAACUUCAAUGUCAUCUCCUAAUGCUUGUGGAGGCAUCGCUCUGUUGAUCUCAGGGUUGAAAGCGAAUGGCAUUUAUUACACCUCAUACUCAGUGCGCCGAGCCCUGGAGAACACGGCCUUGAAAGUGGAGGACGUUGAAGUAUUUGCACAAGGCCACGGGAUCAUUCAGAUUGAGAAGGCCUAUGACUACCUCAGCCAAAACGCUUCAAUAUAUUGUAAUCAGUUGGGCUUCAACAUCAAAAUAAGUCACCUGCGUGGAAUCUACCUCAGGGACCCAGCAUAUCUCUCAGUGCCAAUCGACUUCUCUGUUUCUGUGGAGCCAAUAUUUCCUGAAACUGCAGAAAAUAGUGAGAAAAUAGCUCUCCAAAUACACUUAGCUUUGACCUGCAAUGCAUCAUGGGUGCAGAUCCCCUCCCACCUGGAGCUGAUGAACCAAUCCCGCCAGGUGACUGUCAGGGUGGAUGCACGAGGACUCAAGGAAGGGCCACACUUCACUGAGGUCCUUGGUUAUGAUACAACAGCUCCUGAUGCUGGACCAUUGUUCCGAAUUCCAGUCACAGUCAUUAUUCCUUCAAGUGUAAAUGCAGCUUGUGAAUACAAACUUGUGCAAAAAAAUGUGCACUUCAAGCCUGGAGAGAUCAAAAGACACUUCAUUGAAGUGCCCCAAGGGGCUACCUGGGCUGAAAUCAGCCUAACUUCAAAAUCAGAAGAUACAACCUCUGAGUUUGUGGUGCAUGCGAUCCAGUUGCGGAAGCAGAUGGCCUUUCGGGUGCAUGAGUUCUACCGUCACCUGUACCUGUCAGAAAAAGCCUCGGCGGCUGAUGCGUUUCCAGUUCAGGAAGAAAAGACCAUUGAAAUUUGCAUUGCACGUUGGUGGUCUAGCCUGAGACAUACUACCAUCGACUAUGUCAUUUCAUUCCAUGGAUUGAAGUGUAACAGUGACACAUUACACAUUCAUGCGUCAGAAGGCAUAGCGCGAUGUGACAUUACAGCCUCACUGAAUUACGAGGAGCUUUCACCUGUCGUGACUCUGAAAAACUGGGUGCAGACCCUUCGGCCUGUGGACGCCAGAACAAGACCCUUGGGCUCCCGUGACAUCCUGCCCAACAACAGACAACUUUAUGAGCUGGUUCUGAUCUACAGUUUCAGCCAGGCAAAGUCUGGUGAAGUGACUCCCAGCUGUCCCUUACUCUCAGACUUGCUUUAUGAAUCAGAAUACGACAGUCAACUUUGGAUGCUCUUCGAUCAAAACAAGAAGCUGGUGGGAUCGGGCGAUGCCUAUCCUGAUAGGUACUCGCUGAAACUAGAUAAAGGGGACUAUGUGAUACACCUGCAGAUUCGCCAUGAGGCGCUGAGUGAGUUGGAACAUUUAAAUGACCUGCCAUUCCACAUCAGUCGCAAGCUCCCAGCCCCUCUGAACCUGGACAUCUAUCGGACCCAUGUCAAUGCCCUUCUCAACAAGAACAAAUUUUGUUCCCUUACGCUGCCCCCAAAAUACACUAUUCCAUUCUACAUCACUUCUUUGCCAGAUGACAAAGUUCCCAAAGGAGUUGAAAUUGGCUGCCAGCUCACGGGGACACUCACGCUUUCUAAAACGGAAAUGGGCAAGAAAGCCGAUGUGCACACUGUGUGCUACCAUCUGAUAUCACCUCCAAUCAAGACCAAGGACGGAAGCAAAGAAAAGCCUAGCAAAGAAAAAGAGAAGGAACCGAAUGAGGUGUUCGAGGAGGCUCUGAGGGAUCUCAAAAUACAAUGGCUGCACAAAUUGGAUCUGCAUGAAGAAUUGGUAUCUAUGUACCCUAAACACUUGCCUGUACAUACCGCUUAUCUCUCCAGCCUCAAUUCAGGAAAGGAUAGGAUGAAGAGACUUGAUGAGAUUGUUCGAGCAGCCGAUGUGCUUAUCUCACACGUUGAUCAAAGUGCCCUGGUGACCUAUUUGGCACUGAAGACCGACCCAAGACCAGAUGCAGCCACUAUCAAAAGUGAGAUGGAAAGGCAGAAGUCUGCCCUGAUCGAUGCCCUCUGUCUGAAGGGGUGUGCACUGGCUGAUAUGCUUCUCCAGUUCGAGUCGCAAGGUGAAGUGGCAUCAAGCAAACAAGUCUGUCACGAUGAGAAUGAGCCAGACAGCAUCCACAGGAGCCUGACAGACACUUUUUAUGAUGUCCAGAAGUGGAUCGAGCUCACUGACUGCAAGGCGUUAACGUUUGCGUACAAACAUGCCUUGGUGAAGCAAACAUUUGGACGUGCUUUGAAGUUUGCUGCAAAAAUUGUCGAGAAUAAACCGAGUCAAGAAAACUGGAACAGUUGCAUUCAGCUGAUGAAGACCCUCGGCUGGGAGCACUGUGCCUGUUCCUGUGAGAACUCCCUCUUAGUGAUGUAUCCCCCAGAAUAUGUCCCGUUCUAACCUCCUCAGUGAAAUGAAUACAUGUGUGCAUUUUUAAUUGGGAUUUAUAUAGGAAAAGCCUUUCUGAUAAUUGGGUUGGGCUUUGUGUUUGCUCUAUUUUUGUUUGUCUUUUUUUUAAACGUUGGCAAGACUUCUGCAGAAUCCUACCACAAUACAACAUUUUAUAUCUGCAAUAUUAUGAAGUCCUCGGGUUUCUUUUUCAAGUGCUUUGGCAUUCUCUUGCAGCAUCACAGACUUAGCUGGCGCCGUGUGUUUUGCAUUCUGUGCCUGAUAUAUAUAUAUAUAUAUAUAAAAAAAAAUUGAGGGUCCAUCUAAAAAGUUCUCCCCAAAGGUUCCCACGGCCCUCCUGGACAAUGCUGCAGGGUUCGCAUUCUGCCUUCAGUCCCAAUACAUUUCUCCCAGCUUUGCUCGUCCUUCCGGCUGAAUUGGAGUUGGUGAACUCCUUUGUGUGCUGAGAUCACACCAUCCUAUUUUAAUUUAUCCAAAGAUGCGGCUCCUCUGCGGCAGUGACAUGCCUGAUACCCUCUUACAGUGGGUAAAAUGCAGCAACUUAGCUCUCCUAGCUGGUCACUGGAGAAAGGCUGGUCACUGAGACAUUGGUGAGAACAGGAUGUCUUUCUGUUCCCCAAGUCUGUUCUGCCGUUCAAUUAGAUUAUGACCGAUUAUUUAAAUUUGUACUUCAUCUGUGGCUCAGUCGGUAGCACUUUCACCUCUGAGUUCACAGGUUCUGGGUUCAAGUCUCACGUCAGGAUUUGAGCACAAAAUUCAAGGUGAAUACCCUCCCUCGUGUGGUAGUGAGAGAGUUGGAAGUGCUGAUUUUGGAUGAGACAUCAAACCGAGACCCCAUCCUCCUCCUCAGGUGACUGUAAAAGACCUCACGGCAUUAUUUUGAAGAAGAGCAGGGGAGUUCUCCCUGGUACCCUGGACAAUAUUUAUCCCUCAAUCAACAUCACAAAAACAGAUAAUCUGGUUAAUAUUACACUGCUGUUUGUGAGAGGUGCUGUGUGCAAGUUGGUUUCCUACAUUACAAUAAUGUUUACACUUCAGAAGUACUUCUUUGGCUGUAAAGCACUUUGAGGCAUCCAGUGAUCAUGAAAGGUGCUAUAUAACUGCAAGUCUUUCUUGUAUGGCCACUCUGUGUCUUCAUUUCAUCUUACCUGCCUUGGUUUUGUAACCUUUGCCUAACAAAAAUGAUUUCUCUCUACCUGCCCCUAUCUGAUUGAUCAGGCGUAGGGCUCCUGUGAGUGUCCCUACUUGCCACUCCCUCAGCCAUUUAAAGGAUGUGAAAAACAUAAUUGCUGGCUGCAGGGAGGUACAAUAGUGUAAUGGUAACGUACUGGACUGCUAAUCUAGUGUAACUUGAGCUCAAAUCCCAUCAUAGUUUGAAAAUUUUAAUUCAGCUUCUUUAAAAAUCCGGAAUGAAGAGUUUGUGUAGGUAAAAGUGACCAUGAAGAUGGUCAUAAAAACGCUACAGGUUAACUAAUGUCCUUUUUAAGGUAGAAAACCUACUGUCCUUACACAAGCUGGCUCUAUACAUUACAUAGGAUAUACGCCACAGAAACAGGCCAUCCUGGCAUUUAUGCUCCACAUGAGCCUCCUCCCAUCCUUCCUCUUGUAAACCUAUAUCAUUGAAAUCAUCUAUUCCCCUCUCCCUCAUCCUCAUCCAGCUUCCCCUUAAAUGCAUCUAGACUAUUCACUUCAACCACUCCGUAGUAGUGGGUUCCACAUUCUCAUCGCUCUUUGGGUAAAGAAGUUUCUUCUAAAGCCUUUUGCUUAAUUGUAAUAAUGUUGAUACAGCAUGUUAUACUUCUCAGUGUUAAUUCCUAGUCCUUAUUUUUCUGUAGCCAUAUCUCAAUAAUCACUACUAUGUCUGGUUUCUCCCAACACAUGAAUUGCUUCCAACUCCCCUGUUUUAUUACAGAUGCUAUGUGCAUUGUUGUACAGACAUUUCAAUUCUGUUUAUGCUUAACCAUCUUGUUAGACUCCUGUUCUGUAACUCCAUUUUCCCUUGCCACCAAUGUUCUCCCCCAUUUUAUUCUUUCCUAUGCUCUCCCUCCAUGGUUCAUUUGCAUUAAGGCUGCCUACAUUUCUUGUAAAUUCCUUAGUUUAAAGCCUUUCCCACCUCUGUAUUUACCCUUUCUGCCAGGACACAGGUCUCGUGGUGGCUCAGGUGGAGCCCAUCCCAUCAGUACAGUUCCUUACUAAACCAGAACUGGAGCCAGUGUCCCAUAAAAAGGAACCCCUCUUUUCCACACCAGCCCUUUACCCAUGUGCUAAUUCUCCUGAUCUGUCUGCUCCUAUACCAAUUUGCAUUUGGCUCAGGCAAUAACCCAGAGAAUAUUGUCUUUGAGCUCCUGUACUUGAAUGAGUAACCUUUCCUGGUCAGCCUAAUACCUUUACAUAUAAGAUCCCAUCUCAUCCAUCUUCCUUCAAGCCCAAGCUGCCUUGGUUUAUUGAAUGCGUUACUCUCUCCAAAGCACCAACCGAAGCAGCCAAAUUGAGAUCAAACAAGACCCAACACAUAAGAGCCAAGUGAUCCAGGAACAAAUCAAUAAGAGUCAGUGAAGCAAGUGUCGAAACUGCAGUCCUACAAGGGAAUUCAAUAAAUAUUUUAGAAGUUAUUGUUGUGAAAUAUAGAUUUUAAUAUGAAAAGCAUUUCAGCUGUUUUUUAUGUAAAUGCUGUUUUUUAUGGACCUGUAGAUUUUUGUUUUAGCUUUCUAUGUGGUAAUUACUUCAGGAGAAGAUAGAUAUAUUCUUUGUAAUACUGCAGUGGCAUUUUGGAAUCAAGAGUAAUCACCAUUGUGCCUUCUGGUUUGGAACAGCCUUUUGUAGAUGUGCAUCAGUGUUUAGCAAUUAAAAAUCAAUAUUCUAAUUAA